GGCUUGAUUUCCCAGAAGCCUUAGCGGCUCCACAACUGUGAUUCAUUUGCAUUUCCGGUCACGUGCAUUGCCAUCUCUGCGCAGUCCGUUUAAGGGGUUAGUGUAGCCAAGUCAAGAUUUUAUCUCCGUGUCCCUUAAGGUGGAGCGAGGGAUACCGGGUGUUGUAGUUCAAGCAACUGUUUGGUCCAGCAACAGUGAGCUGCAGGAUGUCGGAGGUCCGGCUGCCACCGCUACGCGCCCUAGAAGACUUUGUUCUGGGCUCAGCGCGUUUAGCGGCCCCAGAUCUGGGCGAUCCACAGCGAUGGUGCCACCGUGUCAUCAACAACCUCCUCUAUUACCAAAGUAACUACUUAAUAUGCCUGGGCUUCGGUCUCGCUCUGGCUGGGUACAUGCGCCCACUGCACAUGCUCCUAGGCGCGCUGGUGGUAGCGGUGGCGCUGGGCGUGCUGGUGUGGGCAGCUGAAACCCGCGCGGCCAUGCGCCGCUGCCGCCGCAGCCACCCUGCCGCCUGCCUGGCCGCAGUGCUUGCCUCCGGCCUCUUCGUUCUCUGGGCAGUGGGAGGCGCUUGCACCUUCCUGGUCGGCAUCGCGGGGCCAGUGCUUCUGAUCCUGGUGCAUGCUUCACUGCGCCUGCGCAACCUCAAAAGCAAGCUUGAGAACAACAUGGAGAGUAUUGGUCUCAAGCGGACGCCAAUGGGCCUGCUACUAGAGGCGCUGGGACAAGAGCAGGAGGCUGGAUCCUAGGGACUGGAGAUCUGUAUCCUGGACCGCACACCCUGGCCAGAACCUGGGGCCCAAAGCCCUCUCCCAGUCCAGAGACCAGGCCAUCAGCAUCCCCCCAACCCUGGGUCCCAAACUGGGGUCCCUCACACCCAGUCCUGUGGGACCAGCACAUUCCUUCCGCCUUGAACCUGAGACUAGGCCAGAGCCACUAAACUGGGAGCUUGAAGACCAGAGUCAGCCUGCAACUCAGGGCCUGGAGGAACUCCCCAAAUCCAUAUCUGAAACCACCCCCCCACCACCCCCACUCUUGGCCCCCAAGCUGGGAGCGGAGACUAAAUACAAGCAUAUCUUGAUCCCAGGACCAAGGCUCUGGACCCAGGUCAAGGCAUUGCCAAAUCUUGAACCCAAGACCCAGGUGUCCCCUGCUGGCCCCACCUGGGUACUAGGCUCAGGCAUCCUAACCUUGUUGAAUCAUUGGUCCCGCGUGACCCCAACCCUCACCACUUACCUUCUUCCAGCUCUCCUUAGGGACCCUGCCCCUCCCUGAAGCAAGUUUCACAGUGGUAAGGGGUGGGAUGUGCGGGGAAGGCCCUCCAGAAAUGGGGCAUAUCUAUCAGUGUUGCUACAACAAUAAAGGCUGUUGCAUCUCUCAA